AUGCAUCCUGUUUGCAGUUAUACUCGUAUUAGUCUUUGCUGGUGUAUUUCAGCUGGAUAUCUCUUUGCAUUGGUUUGCUCUCUUAGUUCAGCACUGUAUGGAGGUAUCUCCACUGAGUCAGAAUUUGGUAAAUUAUAUAGUCCACUACUGAAGAACUCAUCUCCAUGGACUGGCUCAGUAUCUUGCGAAGACCUGGAAGGUGUCGGAUCCUUAGACACCACCUGCAUACUGAAUGUUAACCUGCGUGUAAAUGGUGAUUUAUAUGUAGUUGGUGAUGGGAACCUCGAGAUACUUCCACAUGUUUCAGUCAUUUGUCCCAUAGAAGGAUGUAUAAUAAGUUUCAAUGUGACUGGCAAAGUCAAAGUGGGUCGAUAUGCAUCAAUUGUUGCUGGUUCUGUAAUUUUUCAAGCUGCGAGUUUGACUUUUGAGUCUGAUUCUCUUAUAAAUACAACAUCUUUGGGUGGAUCUCCACCACCUGGAACUAGUGGCACACCCAUUAACUAUGAUGGAGCUGGUGGAGGGCAUGGUGGGCGAGGUGCUUCCUGUGUGAAAAGCAAUUACACAAGUGAUUGGGGUGGUGAUGUUUAUGCUUGGUCUACUCUGUCUGAGCCAUGGAGUUAUGGUAGUAAGGGUGGUGGUAUGUCUGCUAGAUAUCAGUUUGGAGGAAGUGGCGGUGGACGUGUUAAGCUCAUCGCAGAAGACAUCUUAUAUUUAAAUGGGUCUGUGCUGGCUGAAGGAGGCGAUGGGGGAUAUGUAGGUGGGGGAGGAUCUGGUGGAAGCAUUAUCGUUCAUGCUAAAAAACUGAAGGGCUGUGGUACCAUUAGUGCAGCUGGUGGGAGGGGAUGGGCUGGAGGUGGUGGUGGAAGAAUAUCAGUUUACGGUUACAGCAACGUUCAAGAAGUUAAACUCACCGUGCAUGGUGGCUUGAGUCUUGGCUGUCCAUCGAAUAGUGGUGCAGCAGGCACUUUAUAUGAUACAUCUAUCUUGGUUUUGAGAGUCGGAAACGACAAUAUCACAACAGAAACGGAGACUCCUUUGCUUGGUUUUUCUACUAGUCCAUUAUGGUUAAAUGUUAUUGUGGAGAACAACGCAAAAGCUAUAGUGCCUCUACUUUGGACCAGAGUUCAGGUGAGGGGCCAAAUCAGCCUGCUUCAUGGAGGAACCCUCGUCUUUGGAUUUUAUGAUUUUCAACUUUCAGAAUAUGAACUUGUCGCUGAUGAACUUUUAUUGAGCAAUUCUGUUUUAAAGGUUCAUGGUGCAUUCCGAAUGGCUGUCAAAGUGUUACUUAUGUGGAACUCUAAAAUCACAAUUAAUGAUGGCGGGGAUGCCACUGAUACUUCUUCUGUCCUAGAAGUUAGAAACCUUGCUGUCCUAGGGGGACAAUCCGUUGUUAGUUCAAAUUUGAACUUGGCUGUAUAUGGUCAAGGACUGCUAAUGCUGACUGGUCCGGGUGACGCCAUUAAAGCGCAACGACUUGCCUUAUCACUAUUCUAUAACGUAUCUGUUGGACAGGGUGCAUUACUUCAAGCCCCAUUGGAUGAUGAUAACAGUAAGAAUGUAGUAACUAAAUCACAUUGCGGGAGUCAGGUAUGUCUGGAAGAUAUGUUAGUUCCACCAGAUGAUUGCCAUCUCAAUUAUACACUAUCCUUCUCACUUAAAAUAUGUCGUGUUGAGGACAUUGUGGUACAUGGCAUCAUAAAGGGAAGUAUAAUCCACAUUCACCAAGCUAGAACUGUCACUGUGGACACUAAUGGCACAAUCACUGCAUCAGAAUUAGGUUGCAGAAAAGGUAUUGGAAAGGGAAGCUAUUCAAAUGGGAUCAGUGGUGGUGCUGGCCACGGGGGGCAGGGGGGAUCUGGAGUAUACAAAGGAAGGGUUAGUGAAGGAGGUAUUGCAUACGGUAAUCCUAAUCUUCCUUGUGAGUUAGGGAGUGGAAGUGAACUUCCUGGUGUAUAUCAUGGGUACAACGCCGGAGGGGGAAUGAUUGUGAUAGGAUCCAUUUAUUGGCCAGUUUCGAGGCUUUAUAUAGCCGGAUCGAUGAGGGCUGACGGUCAAAGCUAUGAUAAUACAAUAAAGAUUAUUCAUGGUAGCCCAGUUGGCGGACUUGGUGGAGGUUCUGGUGGAACAAUUCUUCUCUUCAUAGAAGCACUUUCCCUCGUGCAGGGCUCUUAUCUCUCUGUUGCUGGGGGGGAUGGUGUCCCUCUCGGCGGCGGCGGUGGUGGAGGAGGAAGGCUUCAUUUUCACUGGUCUAAUAUAGGUGUAGGGAAUGAAUAUGUUCCUCUUGCAACUAUUAAUGGCACCAUCUAUAGUAGAGGAGGUACAGGAAAUAGCACCGGGCUGUCAGGUGAGGAAGGCACUGUUACAGGAAAGAAGUGCCCGGAAGGCCUUUAUGGCACAUAUUGUACGGAGUGCCCAGUUGGUACUUACAAAGACGUUGAAGGUUCAGAUGCAAGUCUCUGUACCCCAUGUUCCCCGGAGCUCCUUCCACAUCGUGCAUUCUAUGUAUAUGUGCGAGGGGGAGCUGUUCAUCCAUCUUGUCCUUAUAGAUGUGUAUCUGAAGAGUACAGGAUGCCAAACUGCUAUAAACCGUUCGAGGAGCUCAUGUAUACAUUUGGAGGACCAUGGACUUUUGCGUUUCUUAUGUCAAGUGUUGUGGUCCUCCUAGCUCUUUUGUUUAGUAGUUGGAGCAUCAAAUUGGUUAGACCCGGCUGUUCAGACAGCAAAGCAAGUUUGGCUGAACGACCCCAUCUUCUUUCCCUGUCAGAGGUCCGGGGAAACCGAGCUGACGAAACUCAGACUUAUGUUCACAGGAUGUAUUUCAUGGGUCCGAAUACAUUUAGAGAACCCUGGCAUCUUCCUUCUUCACCUCCAAGUCCAAUCAUCGAUCUAGUAUAUGAAGAUGCUUUUAACAGAUUUAGUGAUGAGAUUAAUACGCUUGCUGCAUUUAAGUGGUGGGAAGGAUCAGUUCACAUGAUACUAACAGUGCUCGCAUAUCCUUGUGCUUGGUCCUGGAAACAGUGGUGUAGACGUAAUAAAAUUUGCUGCCUUCAGGAAUUUGUCAAGUAUAAGUAUGAUCAAUCUUGUUUAAGGUCCUGCCGAGGACGAGCACUACACCAAGGAAUGAAGUUUGGGGCAACUCCAGACUUGAUGGUUGCAUACUUAGAUUUUUUCCUGGGGGGUGAUGAGAAGCGACAAGAAAUGGUAAGAAUCAUACAGAAGAGAUUCCCAAUGUGCAUAAUAUUUGGAGGAGAUGGAAGCUACAUGUCGCCGUACAAUAUGCACAGUGACACACUUCUAACAAAUCUUCUGGCACAGCAUGUUCCAUCAAAUGUGUGGAAUCGCUUUGUGGCUGGUCUGAAUGCACAGUUAAGAACUGUCAGACAUUGGAGGAUUCAUUCUGCUCUAAUACCUGUGAUUAAUUGGAUAAAAAGUCAUGGGGACCCCCAGCUUAAGUUUCAUGGAGUUAAAAUUGAGCUUGGAUGGUUCCAGGCAACUGCUAGCGGGUACUAUCAGCUGGGUAUCCUUGUAGUUGUUGCCGAUUCUUCUUCCCAUAGUCUCCACCAAUCUGAUAUUCUGGAAUGUAGUGACGACUGCCCGAGGAGUGUUGCUACUCUUGCACAAAAAAGCGCUGUACAGCCACGGUCAAGUCAGUUGCACGCGAGUCAAGCAUUAUGUCAGAAAAAUAUUACUUGUGGAACUACCGAAGGACUCAUAAAUGAUGCUAACUUAAAAUCAUUGUGUUUAAGAAAAGAUCUUCGUUUUCCGCCAACUUUGGUAUUGCGUAAUACCAGACCUGUGGGCCGCCAGGAUACCCUGCAGUUGCUGAUCUCUAUCAUUCUUCUGGCUGACAUUGUUGCAACCACCCUCUUAUUGCUCCAGUCAUUUUGGAUUUCUCUUGGGAUGUUUCUUGCCAUUAUGCUUGUUCUUCCUUUAUCAUUGCUUUUCCCGUUCCCUGCUGGCUUUAAUGUGGUGUUGAGUAAAGAUCCUGGGAGAGCAUCACUUGCUCGUGCCUAUGCCCUGUGGAACGCUACUUCUCUGACAAACAUUGUUGUGGCCUUUAUAUGUUUGCUGAUUCAGUAUGGAAUCUCCUUAUUGCAGUCACCCAAAGAGGCUGACAUGUGGGAUUCUUGGAGCAUGGAAGAUGAGAAAUGGUGGAUAUUACCUACAAUUCUGAUGCUAUUCAAGUUGAUACAAGCUCGACUUGUUGAUUGGCACAUAGCAAACCUGGAAAUUGAAGAUUUUUCCCUUUUCUGUCCGGAUCCUGAUGCUUUCUGGGCAUACGAGCCGGCUUUGCUCUCCUAGAAGGAGGUUGUUUCUGGAAGGGCCUUGAGGAGGUGUGUACAGCUCCUUGCAUAGUACAUAUGUCGACAUCUGCAUAGAGCUUUGUUAUACCUGUGAAGUUUUUUUCCUUUUAAAUUUCAGGAAGACCAUCAGAAAAUGAACGAUUGUAGUUUAAAUGGCGCAUAGCGCGAAAGAGAGAGAUUUUGAGACUUAAAUAGAAUUCGCAUGAUUGUAGUUUAGAUGGCGCAUAGCGCGAAAGAGAGAGAUUUUAAGACUUAAAUAGGAUUUGCAUGUCUUUUAUAACAGGAAUGUGAUUCAGGUAAACUGGCUGAAGCAGCAAUUUCUUCGCUUCUUCAGCAUUACCUGAUGAUACCUGAAGUAGAAGAUAUCUUGUA